GCCAUAUGAGAAGAGGCAGAGGAGGCGGUGGCGGCGAGAGAAAAAGACGGAGAGGGAAGCAGCAGGAAGACUUGGACAAAGGCAGCGGGAUCUACUUCACAUUUAGGAAAGGCCUGGCCUGCGAAGGGCAAGGCAUUUUAACCCUAAGUUGCAUAGGAAAUUGUGGAAUGAGGAACUGAAAGAUCCAAUACAAGAAUAUCAAUGGAAAACUAUUUGGCAAGUUUCUAGAGUAGAAACAUAAAUUGAACUCUUAUGGCUGGCUUCGGAAGAAAUUGGUAGAUUCAUCUCAUUACUCCCUCGACACCCAAAGCAGUAAAAGAGGAAGUAAAGAAGAAGAAGAAGACUUCAUUACUACAGUGUAGAAAUGAAUGCAGGAGAAGGUAACCAUGUCUGCCAAAGCAAUUUCUGAACAAACAGGGAAGGAGUUUUUGUAUAAAUACAUCUGCACCUCUUCAGCCGUCCAGAAUCGCUUCAAAUAUGCCAAAGUAACACCUGAUACUGACUGGGAUCGGCUCGUCCAAGAUCAUCCCUGGUUAUUGACUGAGCGUCUUGUGGUGAAACCUGAUCAGCUGAUAAAACGUCGCGGUAAACUUGGCUUGGUCGGUGUGGAUCUUAGUUUAGAUCAAGUGAAAGCCUGGCUGAAACCACGCCUUCAAAAAGAAGCUACAAUUGCUAAAGCUAAGGGCAUCCUAAAGAACUUCUUGAUAGAACCUUUUGUUCCACAUAAACAGACAGAGGAGUUCUAUGUAUGUAUUUAUGCAGCUCGUGAAGGAGACUAUGUGCUGUUUCACCACCAGGGUGGUGUGGAUGUGGGGGAUGUGGAUGCCAAAGCUCAGAAGUUGCUGGUGCACGUGGACUGCAAGCUGAGUGAAACUGAUAUCAAGAAACAUCUCUUGGUGCAUGCUCCACUGGAUAAGAAAGACAUCUUGGCAAGCUUCAUCUUUGGACUCUUCAACCUUUAUGAAGAUUUAUAUUUUACGUAUCUGGAAAUCAAUCCACUAGUUGUAACUGCAGGUGGUGUUUACGUACUAGACCUGGCUGCAAAAAUUGAUGCCACAGCUGAUUACAUCUGCAAAGUGAAAUGGGGUGAUGUGGAAUUCCCUCCUCCCUUUGGAAGGGAGGCUUAUCCAGAGGAAGCCUAUAUUGCUGACCUUGAUGCCAAGAGUGGAGCCAGCUUAAAGUUGACCAUCUUGAACCCCAGUGGCAGAAUCUGGACCAUGGUGGCUGGAGGCGGUGCCUCUGUGGUAUACAGUGACACCAUUUGUGACCUUGGUGGGGUGAAUGAACUAGCCAACUACGGUGAAUACUCUGGAGCUCCUAGUGAACAGCAGACCUAUGAUUAUGCAAAGACCAUCCUCUCCCUCAUGACACGAGAAAAACACCCAGAAGGCAAAAUCCUAAUCAUUGGAGGAAGCAUUGCUAAUUUUACCAAUGUAGCUGCCACUUUUAAGGGUAUUGUUAGGGCCAUUAGAGAUUAUCAAGGCCCUCUCAAGGAGCAUGAAGUGAGGAUUUUCGUGAGGAGAGGUGGCCCCAAUUACCAGGAAGGCUUGCGUGUCAUGGGGGAAGUAGGAAAAACUACUGGCAUUCCUAUCCAUGUCUUUGGUACGGAGACUCACAUGACUGCCAUUGUUGGAAUGGCACUGGGGCACCGGCCCAUUCCAAACCAGCCACCUACUGCUGCCCACACAGCAAACUUCCUCCUUAAUGCCAGUGGCAGUUCCUCGACCCCAGCACCAAGCAGAACUGCAUCAUUUUCUGAAGGCAAAUCUGAUGAAUUUGCUCCAGCUAAGAAAGCCAAGCACACAAUAUCUCCUGAUACAUCCCCAUCUCCAAGACGUGUUCCAGGAAAAGCUACAACUUUGUUCAGUCAUCACACCAAGGCAAUUGUGUGGGGAAUGCAGACUCGGGCUGUGCAAGGCAUGCUGGAUUUUGAUUACGUCUGCUCAAGGGAUGAGCCUUCAGUGGCUGCCAUGGUUUAUCCAUUCACAGGUGACCACAGACAAAAAUUUUACUGGGGUCACAAAGAGAUACUCAUUCCUGUAUUCAAGAAUAUGGCAGAUGCCAUGAAGAAACACCCAGAAGUGGAUGUGUUGAUAAACUUUGCCUCUCUCCGCUCAGCAUAUGAUAGCACCAUAGAGACUAUGAAUUACCCUCAGAUCCGUACAGUGGCCAUUAUUGCAGAAGGGAUUCCUGAGGCCUUGACCCGCAGGUUGAUCAAAAUGGCAGAUGAGAAAGGAGUCACGAUUAUUGGACCAGCAACGGUGGGUGGAAUUAAACCCGGCUGUUUUAAGAUUGGAAAUACAGGAGGAAUGUUGGAUAACAUUCUGGCAUCAAAACUGUAUCGCCCUGGUAGUGUAGCUUACGUCUCCCGCUCAGGAGGGAUGUCCAAUGAGCUCAACAACAUUAUCUCCAGGACCACAGAUGGAGUCUUUGAAGGUGUAGCCAUUGGUGGAGAUAGAUAUCCUGGUUCUACCUUUAUGGAUCAUGUACUACGUUACCAGGAUACUCCAGGGGUGAAGAUGAUUGUAGUGCUAGGAGAAAUUGGAGGAACAGAAGAAUACAAAAUCUGUAAGGGUGUUAAAGAAGGCCGGAUCACUAAACCUGUUGUGUGCUGGUGCAUUGGAACAUGUGCUACUAUGUUCUCUUCUGAGGUACAAUUUGGCCAUGCUGGAGCAUGUGCCAAUCAGGCUUCUGAAACUGCUAUAGCCAAGAAUAAAGCAUUAAAAGAAGUGGGUGUCUUUGUACCACAAAGCUUUGAUGAGCUGGGUGAUGUAAUCCAGUCAGUGUAUGAGGAUCUGGUUUCUAAGGGAGUAAUUGAGCCAGCACAGGAAGUUCCUCCUCCAACUGUGCCAAUGGAUUACUCAUGGGCAAGGGAGCUUGGUUUAAUUCGGAAACCAGCUUCUUUCAUGACUAGCAUUUGUGAUGAGCGAGGUCAGGAACUGAUCUAUGCAGGCAUGCCAAUCACUGAGGUCUUCAAGGAAGAUAUGGGGAUUGGUGGUGUGUUGGGUCUGCUGUGGUUCCAGAGAAGGUUGCCUAAAUAUGCCUGCCAGUUUAUAGAGAUGUGUCUGAUGGUGACAGCUGAUCAUGGUCCAGCAGUGUCAGGAGCCCAUAACACUAUUGUUUGUGCAAGAGCUGGAAAGGACCUUGUCUCCAGUCUUACAUCAGGCCUACUCACAAUCGGUGAUCGUUUUGGUGGUGCUUUGGAUGCAGCAGCAAAAAUGUUCAGCAAAGCAUUUGACAGUGGUAUCAUUCCCAUGGAGUUUGUGAACAAGAUGAAGAAGGAAGGGAAAUUAAUCAUGGGCAUUGGUCACCGCGUUAAAUCAAUCAACAACCCAGAUAUGAGAGUUCAGAUCCUUAAAGAUUAUGUGAAGCAGCAUUUUCCUGCAACGCCUCUUCUAGAUUAUGCAUUGGAAGUGGAAAAAAUUACUACUUCCAAGAAACCUAACCUUAUCCUGAAUGUUGAUGGAUUUAUUGGUGUAGCCUUUGUUGAUGUACUUAGGAACUGUGGUUCUUUUACACGGGAAGAAGCUGAUGAAUAUAUAGACAUUGGUGCCCUCAAUGGCAUUUUUGUGCUUGGUAGAAGCAUGGGUUUCAUUGGACAUUAUCUGGAUCAGAAAAGAUUGAAACAAGGUCUGUAUCGUCAUCCUUGGGACGAUAUCUCUUAUGUCUUACCGGAGCAUAUGACUAUGUGAAAACUGAAUGGAAUAAAACAACUGGCUUUUAUGGAAGACCAAUAAAUAUGACUACAUUAUAUGGCUUGGUUGCAAAACAGACUGAGUUGGAAUUCUAUAUAAGGCUUUUCUGGCUUAGAAGUGGAUUCCAUAAUGAUAAACCAAAACAUUCGCUACUUCCUGUUGUAUUUAAUAUAUUAAAGAAGUUGCACUGUCUUUGCUUGUUCCUUUAUGCAUGUUUUUUUUUUUGUCUUCCUCCCCUCACUUCGGUAAUUCUGACCAAAUGUUAAUGCUUUUUAUUUUAAUCUGGGACCUCAUUAGACUUGAAAAGCUAGAGUGAGUCAAAUGGACCUGUAUGAUCAAAAUCUUAAAAACUCUCCUUACAAGCUGUGUAUAAUUUUGUGACAAAUUUGUCCUGUCUGUAUCUUGUAUUUUAUAUUAAUCAUUAGACUUUAUUUCUGGUCUGAGGGCCUUACACCUGAUUUGAUCAGCCUUUAUAAACCUGGUAUAAUAUUUAAAAAUGUAAAGCUGAUAACAUAAGCUCAUGUCCAAAUGUGUGAACUUUGUGUGCAUUCCAAUUGUUGCAUUUAUGCAGGUAAUAUUUUUAGUUGCACAAACACAAGUCCUACUAUUUUUGCAGACAGUGAUCUCUCAAUAUAUCUGUAUGCACAAGACACUUCAUCUCUGGCUCUUUAAUGUAUUCACAACAAUAUUCAGUGCUUUGUUUAUGUAUCACAACCUGACUCAAAUAAAAACGUACAAUAAUAAAUCA